CAGCGGAAGUGAGUGUUCGGCGUCAGCGCGGGAAUAAGUUGACGGUUUUUCUUCACGACAACAAGCGGCGUAAACUUAUACAUUUAUCUGUUUCUGAUACAAAACUCACCGCUACGCACUUUAACACGCACCGAGGGACGCUUACGUCACACUGAGGGUCAGUGACGUCACAGCCUGUAUCAGCAGCGCUUCAUAUUAAAAGGAGCCAUGCAGGCGUUUUUGAAAGGAGCGACAGUUCAGUCUGUUCGACCACAGAAAGACAAAACAACAGCAGGAAGCAGCGCUGAGAAGAAAAUCAAGGCUCUUCCCUGGGUGGAGAAGUACAGACCCAAGUGUGUGGACGAGGUGGCGUUUCAGGAGGAGGUGGUGGCCGUGCUGAAGAAAUCGCUGGAAGGAGCAGAUCUUCCCAACUUGCUCUUCUAUGGUCCUCCUGGAACAGGGAAGACCUCGACCAUCUUAGCUGCUGCCAGAGAACUUUACGGUCCAGAGUUGUUCAGACACAGAGUCCUGGAGCUCAAUGCCUCUGAUGAACGAGGGAUUCAGGUGGUCAGAGAGAAGGUCAAGAACUUUGCUCAACUCACUGUGGCAGGAAGUCGAUCAGAUGGGAAACCUUGUCCUCCGUUUAAGAUCAUCAUCCUGGACGAGGCGGACUCCAUGACGGCGCCGGCUCAGGCUGCUCUCAGAAGAACCAUGGAGAAAGAAUCACGCACCACACGCUUCUGUCUCAUCUGUAACUACAUCAGCAGGAUCAUUGAACCUUUGACCUCCAGAUGCUCCAAGUUUCGCUUCAAACCUUUAGCCAAUCAGAUCCAAGAGGAGCGUCUGCUCGCCAUCUGUGACAAAGAGAAGCUCAAGUUCACCAAAGAGAGUGUGGCGGCGUUGGUGAAAGUAUCAGACGGAGAUCUGAGGAAAGCCAUCACCUUCUUACAGAGCGCUGCUCGACUCAGUGCUGACAAACAGAUCACAGAGCAGACUGUCAUAGAAAUCGCCGGGGUCGUCCCUCCAAAGAUGAUCGACAACCUGCUGCAGAUUUGCUUCAAAGGAACGUUUGAGAAACUGGAGGUGACCGUGAGGGACAUGGUGGACGAAGGCUACGCCGCCACACAGAUCCUGAGUCAGCUGCACGACGCCAUCAUCGAGCAGGAGCUGAGCGACAGACAGAAGUCGGCCAUCACAGAGAAGAUGGCGGUUGUUGGAAAGUGUUUGACGGACGGAGCUGACGAGAAUCUGCAGCUCCUGAGUCUCUGCUCGGUCAUCAUGCAACAGUCGACACAGACACACAACAACUGACACACACCUGUGACAUCAUCCACACUCGAGCCAAUCACGUUCAACUCUACAGUCUGAAGCGUAAACCAGAGGAAAACAAACCAGUUUACUGUCAAAAGCUCUACUUCCUGUCUGUCUCUGUCACUUCCCGUGGUGAGGUCAGUGAAUCGGAUUGUCUCGUGUGUGAAGUCUUUAUUGACAAACACAUUUUGUAAAACUUCAAAUUUUGUAAUAAAAAUGUUUU